AGAGUAAACAGAACUGCAUAGAGCUUUAUAAUUUCCUUUAUCAUUCUGCUUUCCCAAUUUCUGCACUUCUUUCCACCAUUUAGUGAUCUUGAGCUCAGCUUCUUUGUUAGAGGAAAUGGAUCCAAGGCUUUGCGAAGCAAUUUUCACGAAUGACAUCGCUACUUUUACGAGUUUAGUACGAGAUAAUGAGGCAAUUAUUGAGCAGAGAGCUGUUAGAACCUUGAAUACAGUUUUACACCUAGCUUCAAGACUCGGACAUUUUGAGCUGGUAUCCAAAAUUGUAGAGCUACGUCCUGAUUUUGUUGAGGCUGAGAAUUGGCGGCUGGAGACUCCAUUGCACAAAGCUUGUCGUCAAGGCAAUGCUCAAGUCCCAAUGCUGCUCUUAGAAACUAUUCCCUGGGUGGCUUGUAAGUUGAACUGUGACAACCAGAAUGCAAUGUUUGUCGCUUGCACUUACGGGCAUCUUGAUGCGGUGAACCUCCUUUUAAACCAGUCCUGGUUGUUGGGACUAGAAGAAGAUGAGAUGGAUCAAACUUGUCUUCAUGUGGCUGCAUCGAGGGGACACACGGAUAUUGUUGGGAGUAUAUUGCAAGCAUGCCCAAACCUCGCUCAGAAGACAGACAAGAAUGGUUCUUCACCAUUGCACUGUGCUUGCCGUGGAGGCCACUCGGAAAUUACACAGAUGCUUCUGAAGCUGUACCCAACUGUCGCCCUGCAAUUUGACUGCAAUGGUUACACCCCGUUGCACUUGGCAGCAAUGAAUGGGGAAGUUGCAGUCCUCAUGGAAUUUGUGUCAGUUGCCCCUAUCUCUUUCAAUUCUCUUACUCAAGAGAGAGAAACAGCAUUUCACCUCAUGGCAAGAUUCAACCAAUAUGAUGCCUUCAUAUGCUUGGCAAAGGUUUUUCGGUGGCACCAAUCUCUUCAACCAACCAGACCAUCUUGGCUAGCGCACCACAUCAUCAGCAAGGUGCAGAUGGAUAUCCACCAUCGAAAUAAUAGAGGAGAUACGCCCCUAGACAUCCUUGAACAAGCUGGAAGAACGCUGGAAAUUGAGUGCCUUAAAGAAAUGUUAAAGAAGGAUGUACACAAAACGAACAUUGAACAGUCAUCUGUUACACCAGAACUCAAAGAAAUCAGUUCCCAGCAGCUUCCUCAUGAAAGCAAUCGAGAGAUACUUGAAAAAGAAUUCGAAACGAUUCAUGAAACUCUGAGUAAUUUUGCACAAGAUUGUGAGGUGCAUGCACUGAACGCGGGAACAAAAUCAAUAUUAGCAAUGGAAGAAUCGGUAGUACUGGCAAAAGGCCCAUCUGAACCAGAGUCCACACGAGAGGAAAUUGGGGGUCCCUAUGCCAAUUUAAAUCAAAUGAAGCAGAAAAGCCUAGAGCACAGACAGGAACUCCUUGAAAUUCGCAGAAAUCGCAAAAAGGAAUAUGAGAUGUACAGAGAGGCACUACAGAAUGCUAGGAACACUGUCAUAAUAGUUGCAGUUUUGAUUGCCACAGUUACUUUCAGCGCAGGCAUAAACCCACCUGGUGGUGUACACCAAGAAGGACACCUUAAAGGGCAGUCAACAGUGGGCAGAACAACAGCUUUCAAGGUAUUUGCAGUGAGCAACCACAUUGCAUUGUUCAUAUCUCUCAGCAUUGUCAUCAUUCUAGUCAGCAUAAUCCCCUUCCGAAGGAAACCACUGAUGAGGCUGCUGACCAUUUCUCAUAAGGUUAUGUGGCUGGCGGUUUCGUUCAUGGCGACAGCCUAUGUCGCAGCUGCAUGGGUGGUCACGCCUCAUAGUCCGGGGACGAUGUGGACACUUGCGAUCCUACUGUCUGUCGGUGCAGGGAGUGUGGGAACUGUUUUUGUUUGUGUGGGGGUUAUGUUGGUUCAGCACCGGCUGAGGAAAAUGAGGCGUUGGAAGGGUAAAACCGCAGAGACUACUAACUUCAGUGACGACAAGAAGUCACAAUCUACCAACUCUGAUGCAGACAGUGCUCUGCUACAAGGAUAUCAUGCAUACUGA